AUGGCGUCAGGUGAAAGAAUGGACAACCAUCGUGAGGUCGUGGAAAGGUUGAGGUCAGCGUUUCGUUCAGGCGUCACAAUACCAGAGCAGUUUCGCCGAGCGCAGCUGACCAAACUCAAGUCCUUGCUCAAAGACAACGAGGAGCAGAUUGUCAAGGCGCUGCACGAAGACCUUGCUAAGCCUAAAUUCGAGGCCAUCAUAGCUGAAGUCGACCUGCUGGAUGCAGCCGGAGUAUGUCGGCAAAACCUGGCCACAAAGCUGGACGACUGCUUCGUACGGAGGGAACCUUUAGGGGUUGUGCUGAUCAUCGGGCCGUGGAAUUACCCCCUGCAACUCCUUCUCACGCCCUUGGUUGCUGCCAUUUCUGCAGGAAACUGUGUGAUUAUCAAGCCGUCAGAGGUCAGCGCCGCCACAGACAAACUGGUAGCGGAGCUCAUACCCAAAUAUCUGUCUCAGGACUGUUAUGCGGUAGUUCGUGGUGGAGCAGAGGAGACCAUGGGUCUUCUGCAGAACCGAUUUGACCACAUCUUCUACACAGGCUCUCAGAACGUGGCGCGCAGCAUCCUGCAGGCGGCGUCCAUCCACCUGACCCCAGUGACCCUGGAGCUGGGCGGAAAGUGCCCCUGUUUCAUAUACGGCCGGGUGAACAUCACGUCCGCCGCUCGUCGCCUGGUGUGGGCCAAGUUUUUCAACGCCGGCCAGAGCUGCGUGGCUCCGGACUACGUGCUGUGCACCAAGGCCAUGCGGGACGCCCUGUUGCCUGCGAUCCGGGAGACCUUGGAGGACUUCUACAGCAAGGAGCCUCAGAAGAACGCUGACCUGCCUCGAAUCGUGUCUCUGCGACACUGGAAUCGACUCAUGGAGCUACUCGGGAAGACCAGUGGCAAGGUUGUUGUGGGAGGAGAGAGUGACCGGGAGGAUAAGUACAUAGCUCCCACAGUGGUGGUGGAUGUCGCUGAAGAUGACGCCCUGAUGGCGGAGGAGAUCUUCGGCCCCAUUCUGCCCAUCCUCACCAUCGAGUCUCUGGAAGAAGGCAUCGACAUCAUCAACCGUAAAGAGAAGCCUCUGGCCCUCUACGUUUUCUCUGACGAAUCAUCUUUGGUAACAAGAGUCAUGGAAAAGACCAGCAGUGGAGGCUUCUGCUCCAACGAUGGGAUCAUCCACAUGACGCUGCCCGGCCUGCCCUUUGGAGGAGUAGGGGCCAGUGGUUGGGGCAGCUAUCACGGCCGUUGGGGCUUUGAGACGUUCAGCCACCAGAGAGCCUGCAUGCUGCGCGGCUGGGCUCUGGAGAGACUGAACGGCCUGCGCUACCCUCCCUACACCGACGACAAGCUGAGCUGGCUGCGCUGGACCGCCUCGCCCAAAAGCUGCUCAAUCAUGUGACGGGAGGCAGCGGCCGCGUGUUGUGUGUCUGUGUUUUUAUAUAUUGUGUGUUGGAGUGUGAAUGAAGCAAGUUUUAUCGACCUGUUGGGAAGGUUGUGUUUGUGUAAGUCUGUGUCUCAAACUAAACAAACCUAUGUCGUUGUGUAAUAAUCAUGCUUCUAAUUUUAUAUCUACAAUGAUUUUUU